AUGGCGGCAAUGGCCAGCAAGAGGCUGGGCAAAGAGCUGACGAAGAUUCAAGGCGCACUGCCGCCUGGCAUUUCACUGGUUUCAGCUCCAGACCUGAAGCAAUGGGAGAUGGACAUACGUGUGCUCGACAAUCCAUUAUACAGCCCGGAGGAGGACUAUCGGUUACGGCUCACCUUCUCACAAUCGUACCCGAUUGAAGCUCCCGAAGUCGUCUUCAUUCAACAAGCGUCUCCUCCGCGGCGGAUACCUGUGCAUCCCCACGUCUACAGCAACGGUAUCAUAUGUCUGGACCUCUUGGACAAUCAGGGGUGGAGUCCCGUUCACAAUGUUGAGAGCAUAUGCAUCAGUCUCCAGAGCAUGCUCGCAAGUAACACCAAGAACGAGAGUGAGUAGAGGGCUCCAGACAGGACUUAGUGCUCACUCUAACAGUUGAUCUAGGGCCGCCUGGAGAUGCGGAAUUCGUCAAAUCCAAUCGCCAACGGCCGAGAGACAUCAACUUCCUAUAUCACGAUCCAAAUGUUUGA